AUGAAAGCAGAGAAGGCGAUGGACGCCAAGAUCUACAUCCCCUAUGAGUCGGCUGAAUUCUGCAUUAUGCAGAUAGCCGGGGACAUGCAGACUAUGAAAAAUAAACAUCAGGAGAUGGUGCAAGAGUUGGAGGAGAACUACCGGAUCGCAUCACGAGAGAAUCAGGAGAGGACAGUGCAGACCAUCUGCUCCCACUACCAGAACAAGCUGCAUGCCCUGAAGAGGAUCUUAGAUCUUUACCAAGAGAAGGUAGAGAAGAAGAACUCACACUGGGAGGAGAGAAUCAAUAGUGUGAGUCGGCAGAAUGAGACGCUGCAGGAAGAUCUAAGAGCUGAGAAGAACAGGAGUAGAGAGGAAGCUCUGCAGUGGCAGAGAGAGAAGAACAAAAUGCUGGAGCUGUUCUCUACCAGAUUAGACCUUCUCCACAGCCACCAGGCAUCUACACUGCAGGAGCUGCAGAUGGCCAGAGAGGAGGUGGGGAAAGUCCAGGAGAUGCUCAAGACCUCCUCACAGGUGGAGAACCAACAACAAGACCUUUCCACUGAAGCGGGUCACGCCUUAGAUAACGUCUAUGGUCCUGUCCAUCAAACGGAGGGGUGCAGUGACACAGAGCUGCCACUGGAGGGGGCCCAAGCCCGUCUGGAGGAGUUGAAGGAGAGCCUGUAUAAGAGGGAGCGAGAGAUUACUGAGCUCCUGGACGCGGAGCAGACACCCAUCCCACCAAUCCCUGUGGCACAGCCCCCGUGUGCUGUCCUGCUCCGCACUGUCGUUGAGAAGGCGCAUCAUGUCUGUAGCAAAGUGAGCGAGGCGAGGCUCCUUCUUGACCACAUGUUGGAGGAUAACUGUGUGGCCUUGGCCCAAGCAAGAGACAUUCUUGACCAUAUGUCACCAAUAACUGAAGAUGACACAAACUGCAAAGAGGAAGACAAUCCUGACCCAGAAUGGUCGGACUCAUCAGAUGAGCGUGCCUCUAAAUUACUGUUGCUACAGGAGACACUGAGAGAAUGUGAGAUUACCCAGAUGGCUUUGGACUGUAUUAGAGUUGGGGCCAGUCCUUCUCUCUCCGCUCCAGAGUUGGAGGAGAUUUUGGUGAAGGGCGAGGGAGUGAAAAGCGUUUGCCAGCAAUUUUUAAUCCUGCAAGACCAGAUGAAACAGUUGAGGGAGGAGAAUAGGCAACUCGUAGAGAACUACACUUCAGAAAGGAUCAUGAGGAAGAAGUACUACAACAUGGUGAAUGAUAUGAAAGGUAAAAUUCGUGUGUACUGUCGGAUACGACCCAUGUGCUGGGCGGAGACUGCCCAGGGAGGUGCCAUCAUUGUGGAGCGUCUAGACCAAUAUUCUGUUUCUGUGGUAACCCCAAGGGGGCUCAGAGAGUUCCAGUUUGACCAGGUAUUUAGUGAGGAGAGCUCCCAGGAAGAUGUCUUCCAGGACAUCAACAGGCUGAUCCAGUCAGCCAUCGACGGCUACAAUGUGUGCAUCUUUGCAUAUGGUCAGACGGGCUCUGGAAAGACCUUUUCUAUGGUGGGUGACAGAGACCAGAGGAACCCAGGCAUCAUGCCGAGAGCAUUCAACGCCAUUUUUGACAUUAUCCAGGAGAAUGCAACAAAGUUUGAGUGCAAGGUCUCGGCCUACAUGCUGGAGCUGUACAACGACCGGCUCCAGGACCUCUUUGUGAGUGGGGCUGGAGCCCAGACCAGGCGGGUGGAGAUUAAGAGGAACAGAAAGGGGCUUGUGUUUGCCCAGGGAGCAGAGACAAAGGAGGCCUCCAGCGCCGGGGAGCUCUUCGCCAUGUUUCAACAGGCCUGCGCCAGCCGCCAUAUCACAGCCACCAAGAUGAAUGUGGAGAGCUCCCGGUCACAUCUGAUCAUUGGGAUCAUGUUGGAGAGCAGAAAUCUAACAAAUGGAAGCGUGAGCUUUGGGAAGUUGAGCCUGGUGGACCUAGCAGGAAGCGAGAGAGCAGCCAAAACUGGGGCCAGAGACGACCAGCUCAAGGAAGCUACCUCCAUUAACAAGUCUCUGAGUGCUCUGGGAGAUGUGAUCUCUGCCUUGUCUUUGGAGUUGCCCCACAUUCCCUACAGGAACAGCAAGCUCACCCAGAUUAUGCAGGACUCUCUGGGCGGCAACGCCAAGACGCUCAUGAUCGUUAACGUCUCACCCUGUGACUGCAACCUGGAAGAAACGCUUACUUCCCUGACCUACGCCACACGAGUGAAAGCCAUAACCAACAGUGCACAAAGAAACCUGGAGAGUAAAGAGAUAGCACAGCUCAAAGAGGUGAUCUUGAAAUUGAAGGCUGGACAGCCAGUGGAUGAUGUGGACAUCUAACCCCAGGUUGACUGAAUCUGCAUUGGGUCUAAACCCAGUGGGUUUUUGUUUGGUUUGCACAGAGUUCAGUGUUCGGAGUUAGUAUUUUGAGAGUUUUGUGUUCUCCUAUCAUGUAACGAUGGUUAGG